UCCAAUUCCAGACAAACCAAACUAAGACUACUGUCCUUUUCUCCAACCCAACCUUUCUUUUUCAUCAAACCCAGUCACUUACUAACUGCAACCUCCCUCUCCCUCUCCAUGGAGUACUUCAGCAACUCAUCGUCAAAAGGCGGCAACUCUCCCUCCCCCACUUCCUCAAAGUCUAAGAAAAAACCGCAACAACAACAGAACCAGCAACCACAGCAGCAACAACAGCAGGAGACGAGGUUCCUCGGAGUGAGGAGGAGGCCGUGGGGCCGAUACGCCGCCGAAAUAAGAGACCCUUCCACCAAGGAAAGGCAUUGGCUCGGAACCUUCGACACAGCUGAGGAAGCUGCCUUGGCCUACGACCGAGCCGCCCGCUCCAUGCGCGGCUCCAAAGCCAGAACCAACUUUGUCUACUCCGACAUGCCUCACGGCUCGUCCGUCACCUCCAUUAUCUCACCGGACGAAUCUCAGCGCGACAUGUCAGCCUUCUUCACCGCCCCGCCCCAACCCCAAACGCAGAUGAUCACCACCCACAACAACGGCCAGCAGCAGCAGCAGCCAUUUUUCACUCAGGACCCGUUUGAUGCCUACCCCUUUUCCGGCGGGUCCUAUGGCUCUUACGGACCCGGUUCGGGUUGUGGUGUUGGUGAUGGAGCCGGGUCUCAUGACAAUGAGCUGCCACCUUUGCCUCCAAGUGUUUCCUCCACUGGUUAUGGGCCUGGGGAAGUUAUGGGCUCGGACUUUUAUGGGUUCUCGGAGCCUACUACCACACAUGGGUUUGAUUCCUUGGCCAGUGGGUCAUACAUGGGUUUUGACUCGAAUGAGUUUGUGCAGCACAGCCCACUCUUUGGGAGCAUGCCACCGGUUUCGGAUUCCGGUAUCGAUGGGUUUGAUCUAGGCUCAUCAUCUGCCUAUUUUUAUUAACUUCUUGUUACUUUUCAAUCACUAGUCGUCUAAUCUUCUAAGUGUGCUAUUUUGUUUUCUUAAUAUCUCUCACUUGCUUUGUUUUGUGCUGGGCUAAAGCCUAAACCCUAAAGGCAAUGGCGCCUUGAUAGUUUGUACUGGAUA